GGCUUUUCUUUCAUCUUUAUGUUGUGUCACAUAUUGUAAUCACUUGCUUUAUAAAUAUUGAUAGCAUAUUAUAAAAUAUUACCUUACACAAACUGUUAAUUUUACAUGCUUGACGAUCAAAUAUUACGUAACUUCACCAGCAUUGUGGAGUCUGAAAGAACGGUAACUCGGCGUAACUUCUGUUAUUAAAAUGAUGCUUGCAGAGUUCUAGAUUGAUAAACAUGUUUCGGAAAAAAUAGGCUAAUGACGCAUUUUGUAUUGGUGCUGAGAACCAUUCACACAAACCAUCAUAAGUGACAGUAAAAUAAGUCCAUGAAGCGAAUAGUCUUUACACACUCAACUUGAACGCAAAGGAUAUAGUCUAGUACCUCGGAACCAUAGUCUACUUCUUUCCGUAACAGUAGCCUAUGUAAUGGCUUUUAUAUGCCAUAUGCAAACUACAUCUUUGAAUGGAAAUAAUAUCGCGCAUUAUUCUAUUUGAUGGGCAUAAAAGCCAUUUCUUAAUGUAAAUAAAUGAUGAGAAAACAUAUUUGAAUGACUAAAUUUAGAACACCUAAGUAUUGCGACGCCACACGUUUUACAUAAGUUAAAACAGAGGUUUCAAAGAGAUGUUUGAGAAGUAAUCACAAUAGUGUAAUCACAUUGGUAGCGAAGUGAAAUAAUUGAAGCUUGGUGGUCCUGUCCCCUUGUUAUUAGCUAUUAUUUAAGUAAACUUUAAUGACUCCACAUUUACUAAAAGCCCAGAUUUACACCUCCAGGGAAACUCGGAGACUGUUCGAGUGAGCCAUAUAAUCGUUGCGGAGGGGCGGACAAGCUAGUAAUUUUUUUCUCGUAUUACAAACAGCUGCAUAGGAAACCAUUUGAGCGUGACCGUUCUGCGUAGUCACGCUCAGUUAUAAUUAGAAAGAUUAAUAACAGCUAAAUGAUGAAAAUGCCAGCCUCAAAACCUCGAGCUGUGUGGUUCCCUCACUUGGCGGUGCUCCUGCUAGAGCUGGCUGGCUCUGCGCGAGGUUUCUCUACGUGCCAGUCCUUCGACUUGGACGACUACAAGUCUAAACGAAUAGAAGCCGUGCGGGGACAGAUCCUCAGCAAGCUUCGAAUUCGGGGGACACCCGAACCUUACGUGACACCGCCACCCGAAGAUGUGCCCCUCGAGGUCAUGUUGCUCUAUAAUAGCACCCGGGAAAUGCUGAAAGAGCGCGCGCAACAGGCCGAAUCCGCCUGCGAGCGUGAGAGUAGCGAAGAGGAUUACUAUGCCAGGGAGGUGCAGCGUGUUGACAUGGAGCCACCCCGGAUUGAUACGAAUGUGAUCAGCAGUGGACCCCCCAGCCCAUAUUUUCGGGUGCUGGGGUUCGAUGUCAGUCACAUGGAGAGGAACAAUAGUACACUUGUUAAGGCAGAGCUGAGGAUCUACCGUGUCCCUAACCCUCGCGCACGUGCAGUAGAGCAGAGGGUGGAGAUCUCCCAGGUGUUGAAAGCCCGGGAUGUGACCACACCCUCUCAGCGCUACAUCGACUCCCGCACUGUGCGCCCCCGCGCCAAGGGGGCAUGGCUGUCAGUUGACGUCACUGACACCAUAAAGGACUGGUUGUCGCACAGAGACAGGAACCUGGGCCUGAAGCUGAGUGUCCACUGUCCUUGCUGCACCUUUGUCCCCUCCACCAACAACAUAGUCCCCAACAAGAGCGAGGAGCUGGAGGCUCGUUUUGCAGGUAUUGACGAUGAUUUAAUCAAGCAGUUCAAGAAGCUGGGGGCCACCAAAGGCCAGAUUGAAUUCAGCACCAAGACACCCCACCUUAUUCUUACUCUACUGCCUAGUGACAGGCUAGAGAACCCGGCCAAGAAGAACCGCAAGAAGAGGGCUGCAGCCGACACCCCCACAUGCUCCCGUAAUGCAGAUCAGGGCUGCUGUUUGCGUUCCCUCUACAUUGACUUCCGCCGUGACCUGAACUGGAAGUGGAUUCACGAGCCCAAGGGCUAUAAAGCCAAUUUCUGUGCUGGAAACUGCCCAUAUCUGUGGAGUGCAGACAAUCACUACAACAUGAUCCUGCCCCUCUACAACAAGCUGAACCCUGAGGCUUCAGCUUCCCCCUGCUGCGUGCCUCAGGACCUGGAGCCCCUCACCAUUGUGUACUACAUGGGACGGACGCCACGUGUAGAGCAACUUUCUAAUAUGGUGGUCAAGAGCUGCAAAUGCCGCUGAUGUCUGGCAGGAGGA